UUUGCACAUGCGCGGUCCGCAACAUCCGGGGCCUUGGACAAGGAUGAACGGCGACUUCCAAGAUGGCGGCGGAGGGAGGAGGGAAGGAGACAAACGAGAUUAAAACCCAAUUCACCACCCGAGAAGGCGUUUAUAAACUUCUCACGCACUCCGAGUACAGCCGCCCGAACCGGGUGCCCUUCAACUCGCAAGGCUCCAACCCCGUCAGGGUCUCUUUCGUCAACGUCAACGACCAGUCGGGCAACGGCGACAGGAUCUGCUUCAAUGUGGGCCGGGAGCUCUACUUUUACAUCUACAAAGGUGUAAGAAAGGCUGCCGACCUGAGCAAACCCAUAGAUAAGCGGAUGUACAAAGGCACGCAGCCUACUUGCCACGACUUCAACCCACUCACCGCCACAGCUGAGAGCGUUUCGUUGCUAGUGGGUUUCUCGGCAGGCCAGGUGCAGCUCACCGAUCCGAUCAAAAAGGAGACCAGUAAGCUCUUCAAUGAAGAGAGACUCAUUGACAAGUCACGUGUCACAUGCGUACGAUGGGUCCCUGGAUCUGAGAGCCUCUUUUUGGUGGCCCACUCAAGUGGCACCAUGUACUUGUAUAAUGUGGAAAACACAUGUGGAACGGCAGUGCCCCACUACCAGCUCCUCAAACAGGGAGAGAACUAUGCUGUGCACACAUGCAAAAGCAAGUCGGGCCGCAACCCCUUACUGCGUUGGACGGUGGGCGAUGGCGCACUUAACGAGUUCGCCUUCUCGCCAGACGGUAAGUUUCUGGCGUGCGCCAGCCAGGACGGAUACCUACGGGUAUUCGGCUUCGACGCUGCCGAACUACACGGCACCAUGAAGAGCUACUUCGGCGGCUUGCUUUGCGUGUGCUGGAGCCCCGACGGACGCUACAUAGUUGCGGGCGGAGAGGACGACUUGGUGACAGUUUGGUCCUUCUCGGACUGCAGGGUUAUCGCACGGGGACACGGACACAAGUCGUGGGUGAGCGUGGUGGCUUUUGAUCACUGCACCACUAGCGUAGAGGACAGCGGUGGUGCCGGUGAACCCACCGCAGAAUUCAGCGGCAGCGACGAGGACUUUUACGACCAUAUUCACUUUAGUGCAGGGAGGGAUCGGGCAAACAGCGCCCACUCCCGACUUUCCAAGAGGAAUUCUACUGACAGUCGGCCCGUAAGCGUGACGUACCGAUUCGGGUCUGUGGGCCAGGAUACCCAGCUCUGUCUGUGGGACCUCACUGAGGAUAUACUCUUCCCUCACUUACCUUUGUCCCGCACCAGGACACACACUAAUGUCAUGAAUGCCAGCAGCCCCACGGCCACUGCGAUGAGCACCAUUUUCCCUUCGGGCACCAAUGGCAAAGACAAUGUUAGCAAUAGCAGCACUGGCGGCAACACACCCAACUCCCUCCCGGGGACGUUACCCCGCUCCAACAGCCUACCGCAAUCCUCCAACCCGGCAGGAGGCGGUGGUGGGAGCACCCCCAACAGUCACACGGGUAGCAGCAGCAGCGGUAGCACUGGCGCCGCCCCCGUGCCUUCAAAGGGUGGCGGCGGCAGCAUCAUCGAUAGCGCCCUGAUCGCUGCCGGCGUGGGCAAGUUCGCCACGCUGUCGCUGCACGAAACGCGUAAGGACCGGCCAGAGAAGGAGCACAAGCGCAUGCACAGUGUCGGCCACAUUGGCAGCAAAAGCGGCGAUAAGCUCAGCCAGCUGGGCGGCUCGCGCACAUCCGCAAACAAGGGCGACAUGGCCAAGACCCUAGGCACUACUCUGUGCCCACGCAUGGAGGAGGUGCCGCUGCUGGAGCCGCUGGUUUGCAAAAAGAUCGCCCAUGAGAGACUGACCGUGUUGAUCUUCCUGGAGGACUGUCUGGUCACAGCCUGUCAGGAAGGCUUCGUUUGCACGUGGGCCAGACCCGGGAAAGUGGGACUUCUAUCAUCUCAAAACAACCCCGCCAACUCACCUAGCGGAACAGUAGUAUAGCCUACCCCUUUCCCCAGGCACAAAGUGGCGGAUGACAACCAAGAUGUGUUUGCGGAAACUGGACGUCUAUAGUCUGCAGUGAAAUGGGUGCUAUUUGACAAAGGACGAGGAGCUUUAAGGUUUUUUUUUUAGGAAGGGCUGACUGGUUCACUGUUCAUAUGUUGGUGGGUGUUACCAUGCCUACAGUCUUGUUGGAGUGUUCUUUCAUUUUUUUACUUUAAGUAUUGGGCCUCUUAAAGGGAACAAUAUUUUUGAAGUGGCUGCAUAUCCUCUGUUAAUGGAGGUAGUACUUCCUUAAAUCACACAAAGUGUAUUUGCACAAAUUUUGCAGCCCUUCCUCCCUGGUAUGUUUGUGUGUGCGUGUAUUUUUUUUUUUUAUUCCUAGCAGAAGAACACAAGCAGAUUUUGGAAGCACUUGGCUUGUCGGCGCCCUCGUCUCCCACGUUGAAUGCUGCAAUCAUAUAUAUAUAUAUUUUUAUUUUAAUAUUAUUUAGAAAAAUGUUUGCACUUAACAGUUUGUUGUUCCGAGGAGGUGAACGGAUGUUCCUUUUUGGAGUGUUAAAUAGAAUUAAACACCUUUGUAUCUAUUGUUUAUUUUAAUAUGAUUUUCCACAUGACACAGGCUCUGUAUUAUAUGUAAAUAUUGUACUGCAAUGGUUUAUGGAGAUGAUUAGUUUAAAAGAGCCUCUUUUUUUUUUUUUUUUUUUUUUUUUUUUUUGAGAAAUAGAGCUAUUUCUAAUACAAAAAAAUCUAACAUCAACAUUAAGCUUGAAUAUGCAGAUUUCUUUUCCAUUUCUGUUGUACAUAAAGAGAAUUCAGGUGUAUUUUUUCUUAACGCAACAUUUGGUAUAUUAUAUAGGAGAUGCUUUUAUCUAACGGCUAGUGGUGAUCGCUCUUGUUCAGCCACCAGUUCGAGCUCAGGUAAAACCGCAGAAACGUGCGCUUCCCUACCAUGUGAUUUGAUUCCCACCCAUGGCAACUCCUUAGUGUAAGCGCUGUGCUUAUUAUGAUUAUGACUAUUUUUCAAAAUAACACUGUGUUGAAUCAUGCUAGAACGGUGCUUGAGGGUGUUUUUGUUUUUUGGCGCCCACAAGGGGAAAGAAAAAGAUGGUUUGAAUGCUGGCAGCCUUUUCCUCUCUGACGCCUAUUAAAAAGUUUGACAGACUAUGAA